AUGGAGGGAAGAAAACAUAAACAUUAUCACGAUGAAGAGUUUGAUCACCAUCUCCUGAUAGACACGUACGCUGGUCGUGAUAAGACAGAUACCAAAGAGGAACUCGUGAAAAUUACAAUGCAGAAAAUAUUUCAGUUUCUGUCCUCAGGUAUGUUCAGUGUCCCCUAUGCCAGCUUUUAUAUUCUGGUCUUGGUGCCUCCAGUAAAGCAACACCCCAAGUUGUUAUAGUUCCUGGAGUGCCUAGAAUAAAUGUAUACACUUUAUGUAGGCACAUGAAGAAGACAUGCAAAGGAAGUGAUGGGGACAUUUACAGAGAAGGAGAUAGAUAAAUGAGAAUUAGAAGGGAGAUUAUUAGGAUAGAGAGAGACAUUAGGCUAGCUGGGGAAAAAAAACAUUUGGGGUGGUAUUGUGUGGCGAAUCAGUUGGGUGUGUACCCAGCUAAACAGGGUCCAAUUUGUGAAAAUGGCUUGGGAGUGAUUAAUUAGGAAAGUAUGGCACUGGGAAUGAACUGAACUAUAGCUCUCCCCAGAAUUUCCUCAAAUUGCUAUCAUUGCUUACAUGAUGAAAUUCACACAUACAGCCUCUUUUAUUCACAUUCUACAAACAUAGUACUACCCACAAGGUUUUGAAGAACAACCAAUCAACACAUUACAACACAGCUAACACUCCCAUUCAUUACAUCAGGAAUCCUCCCCUCUGCCUUUGAAACAAUUAUCUCAACACAAUAGACUAACUUAAUUAUCACAGGCAGGAGAAUACAAUAUUAUAAAACAUAUCACAGGGACCCCAAAACAUGUAAUAACCCCAUAAAAAAUAUAUUCUCGGAACCAGGGGAUGUGGGUGAACCACAUAUCCAAAAUUCACCCAGAUCCAUUCAGUAGUUUGGAAGAUACGGUUUAAUGCAGAUUCCGCAGAAUAUAUACAGGCUAUAUGAAAAAUAAUUACUGUUAAAUGUGUCCCCUGUUCUGUAGUUUAAAACUACUGAACGAUGUCUUUGUGCACCAAAUACUGGUGAGAUGGCACCGUGUAGAAAAGUGAAAACAGUGUCUGUGAGUUAAAAUGGCCACCAUCCAUUGUUCUCACCAUGAGCUUCAUUCAUUGUUCUCACCAUGUGCCUCUGAUACAUGAAAUGGUGGCCACCCAGUAGCUCCACAGUUUGUCUGGUAGUCUAUCCAGCUGAACCAACAGAUGAAACACAUGGGGAACAAUGCAACAAACGAAGGGAAUCAUAAAAAAUAUGGACAAUAGUCAUAUUUGUGCACAAUCUCCAGUUUUGUCACAGGGCACAAAUAGUGUUUUCAGUUGCCAUAUAUCCCAGGGCCAUAGUCAGAAGGUAGGAGGCGGGCAAGCAGCCCCCUCCAAGAACACGUGGUGAGGUCUGUUCUGCCACAACAUGUCUAUUAAUUUGUUUUCCAACAGGUAUUGUGAAAGGAGAAACUCUGAUAGAUCUCACACUUGGAGCAGCCUUUUGUCAUUUGAUGGUUUUGGCCGACUUCUUCAAGGAGAUCACCAUUUUAGAUUCAUCGGAUAAAGCACUAGAGGAAACUAAAAAAUGGCUAAAUAAGGAUCCAGGAGCUGUAGACUGGUCAGAAGCCGCUGAAAUGUCAUGUGAUAUUAAGGGUUUGAGGUGAGUCUGCAGUGUUUGAAAUUUGUUUUAUAUACACCUAACGUUUUGCCGAAACACGCGUCGGGCGUUUCAUUUUUUCCCAUUUUUAUUUUACACCUUUGGGUAGCACUAUGAGCACUGUUUAGUUCAGUAGUUAUUUUGCUAAUGAUAAUAGGGUUUGCUGGUUCAGAUAGGCACUAGCUUUGUGCUGUUUCUUACAAAACAGAUUUGAUGUGCAGGAACAGUAGGUGAGGAUCACGGAGAUGAAGGAGCUUACAAUUUAAAAGGAUGAGAAACAAGUCCACCUAGGGGAAGUGAGUUAAGAAUCUGGAUAUAGCAAGUACAAUAUGUAGGAUAAGCGCUAAGGGAUCAAUUAAUAUAAACAAUAAAUUAAGCUGCAAACACUGAACGUAAGGAAUACCCCCAACAGCUUACUGAAACGAAGCAAACAACACAAAAGCCAGGUUGCGCUGAAUACUGUGGGUAUUAAGUCCAAUUCUUUGUAAGAUCCUGGCUUGGAUCCGUCCAGGCUUCAGCUGUUGGUAAGAAGAGCAGUUAUGGAGACCUUUGGAGAGAUUUACAAUUCAAUGUUUAUUGAAUAAACCAGAGGCAAUCUUAUUUAGCACAAUAAGUACAUCUACAAUAAGAAUAGAUUGUAUAAACUGUAUUGUUUGGUUAAAACAAAAUAUUUAAACCUGAUUCACAAUAGUAUAAAUAUGUUUUAAUUUACUGCAUAGAUAGAGCAGGACAUACAUUAUCAACAGAGUUGAGCAAACCCGAACCGCAAAGUUCCGGUUCGUACCGAACAUUACGGUUUUUGGACCCCGGAUAUGAACAUGGACAUUUAAGUGUAUGUUUGGGUUUGAGUUUGGUGUUCGGCGAUUUAAUGGCGCGUUUUGAAAGGCUGCAGGGCAGCCAAUCAACAAGCGUUUGACUCGUUUGCCCUUAAAAGCCAUCACAGCCAGGCCUACUAAUGGCAUGGCUGUGAUUGGCCAGUGCAACAUGUGACCCAGCCUCUAUAUAUAAGCUGGAGUCACGUAGCGCCGCACGUCACAUGAGCUCUUAUUAGUGUAGGGACAGGAUGCUGCAGCUGUGAGGGACAGCUUAGGAAAGAAUUCUGGUGUUGAAUCUGCAAACUACAGUGAUUAUUCAAACUACAGCGAUUAUUUUAGUGGGUGCUAUACUACAUUUUUGUACCCUGCCCUGAGCCCCAUGCCACAGAGAGUGCAGUGCACAUGCAACUGCAUGUGUGCCAGGCACAUGACUUUAAUCCUGUUCUAGUAGCUCAGUGGGCAACAUCGAGGAAUUUUUAAAUACUGCAAUUUUUUGGGUGCUGAAUAGUACAUUUGCGUACUGCAUUUCUUGCCUAAAUCUUUACAUUCCAACUUUUGCCUCACUUUUUUGGAAUAUAUAUUGACACACAAUUAUUUCAUAUUUAGAAAUAAAUUUUACCAUCAGAUAAGGGGCACUGCGAUGGGGACAGCUUGUGCCCCAUCAUACGCCAAUUUACAUCUAGGUUGGUGGGAGGAAUACUUGACUCAUUCUGAGAGUAUUUCUAAGUAUCUUCCCCUCAUUUUUCGGUGGCGUCGCUAUAAGACAACGUGUUUAUUGUGUGGUGUGGCAAUAGGGAUGAGUUUAAUGAAUUUAAUGAGUUUGGUGGGACUAGCUUGAAUUUUCUGGACUUGACAAUCUCAAUUACUGAAACAAAUAAAAUACCUUUACAAAAAACCUUCAUCAUCAAAUAAUCUCCUCAAAUGGGAUAGCUUUCACCCUACACCUCUGAAGCAAGGUAUUCCUACCGGUCAGUACCUGCGAGUGAGACGGAACUGUAGCAAUCUAGAGGAGUUCCAUUUAAAAGCUAGAGACCUUAGAAAGACUUUCAAAGAGAAAGGCUAUCCCAACAAGUGUCUUAAACAGGCUUCUAAGAGGGCUUUGGAAUCUGAUAGUAAUACAUUGCUUAGUAAAUCUGCCCCUAAUAGAUCAGAUACAUUUUCAUCAUCAAAAACUAUAAGAUUGAUAGCCACAUAUGAUGCUGGAUGGGAAAAGGUGAGAACUUCUUUGAAACGAUUUUGGCCAUUAUUAACUAGUGAUGAACAUCUACACAAGGUAGUGGCCCAUUCUGUUAACCUUACAGCACGUCGGGGAAAAAAUCAGUAAUCUUUUGAGAUAGCCUCUUUUUUUCAAUUGCAAUACAGCAGGACUUGUUUAUCUGCUGACUUGCCAAUGUAAUCGAAAAUAUGUUGGUAAAACUUUCAGCCCUUUUAAAAAACGAAUCCAGGAACACAUUAGAUCUCCAAAGAAUCUAACAGAUAACCCAAUAUCAAGGCACCUGCGUGAUUAUCACGGAGGCGACUUCAAGGGGUUACGUUUCUGCGGCCUGGAAUUAGUUAAAAAGAAUGUAAGGAGGGGGGACUAUGACAAGUUCCUUAGGCAGAGAGAGUGUUUUUGGAUUUACCAACUUAAAAUACUUAGUCUAAAAGGGUUGAACGAAGGAUUUUCCUUUUCCCCUUUUUUGGGUUAAAAAAGAGGUGGAUUAAAAUUCACCCCUUUAAAUUCAUUCCUUUAAAAUUUACCUCUUCCUGCUGUAUUUAUUUUAUAAUAUACCAUUCACAAUGUACUACACUUUAUUCGCUGAUACACAAUCAUAUUUUCAUUCUUAAGGUAAGGUAACAGCUUAAUCUGGACAUCUAACUAAGUUGAAUUUCAAUUUUCUGUAUGAAAAUAUAUUUAUAUAUACCUUUAAACAACGAGCCUGAGUCCGUAACUGUUUUUCAUUAUGCUCUAAUUAAGCAUAAUAUGUUAUGCAUUAGCACUCUUAAAGUAGCAGCUUAUGUAGACUUCAUUUUGCCUACCAAUAUUUGGCGCUUAAAUUGUAUAAUCUAUAUUCUCUUAAUAAAGCAAUAACUUAUAAAACUUUCUGCUUUAUUUAUCUAAGUUUUUGAUAUAGAAUGAAAAUGGUAUACAUAGGGGGCGUUUCAAUAUUUUAUGUUCCGCCCCUUUAAAGAUACGAUUCGCUGUUUCGAUCAUCAGUUACAUGUACCGCGCCCACUAUGCCGGAGCAUCUGUCUGAUUGGCCGCCUGACAGUAUAGUGGGGCGGGUCUAUUGACUGCCGCCCACCGGGAUGAAUCAGCCUAUCUCUUUAACAUAAUAUAAUUUAGAACCUCCCACGACCGACGUAUCGCGAUGUGAUUGGCUGUUUGACGUCCUGAGUGGCGCGGCCUUACACUUUUUAAACACAUGCUGACUCUUACUCUGUUUAGCUCUUGAAAAAGGCCCAACAAAGAGCCGAAACGCGUUGAGCUUUGCUAUGCUGCUUUUUAGCUGAUUUUUAUUUUAAUAGGGAUUCUAAUGGACUGUCAGUAUAUAACAGCUGAGUAGACAACCAUAUGGCUAAUAUACUGUUCUGUUAUAGCCAUAUUAGAGGCACAGUACGAAGUGUCUAAUUGGGAAACUACACUGAUUUUUUUGUUUUCCAGGUACUUUGAGACUGUUGGGUCUGGCUAUCUGUGGGUAUAGGGUAUUGGUCCCUUUAUGAUUUCUCUGUUUAGCCCACAUAGGGAUUUACAUUAAUAUAUACCUGCUGCAAUACCACCCUUAGUCUCUGUUAUAUGUACUCUUGCUAAUAUUCAUAUCUGAGAGUCAAAUAGAAACGUCAAAUAUUGUGCUUACAUUGCAGUUUUAAAAAUUCUAAUUCUUUAGGUGCUAAAAAGUCAAUUUGGUGCCUGCACUUCAUAUCUGAGAGUCAAAUAGAACCGUCAAAUAGUGCUUUGAAAUAGCAGUUUUAAACAUUCAAAUUUUUUGGCUGCUAAAUAGUACAUUUGCGGCCUGCAGUGCGCUUCAUAUCUAAGAGUCAAAAACAACCCUUAAAUACUGUGCUUACAGCACAUUUUUAAACAUUCGAAUUCUUUAGCUGCUAAAAUGUCAAUUUGGUGCCUGCACUUCAUAUCUGGUGUAUGUGUGCAACACUGGUUAGUUACCGCUUCUCAAGAAAGUCUAAAGACUUUUUAAAAAAGUGAAAAAUAAAUGUUAUUGUGAUCGCUUCAUAUACAGAAGCAUUAAUAUACAUUUCUAUAUUGUGUAAAGACACAACUACAAAGUUAAAAACCAAACAACAAAACAACGUGGAAUGAAGGUCAUGCGAGUGACGUGUGCAGUUUGGAGGAAGAGGCGCUGGUCGCACAGAGGCACCAGCACAGCAUAAGAGGGAGCAGGGUGCAAAAGCGGAGCGGCCGUCGCCUAGCACUCGUCGGCAUGUAUUAUCUUUAGAAUUCCCACAGUUAUCCAAGUAACAGAUGGAGCGAUAAAAGGAAGCAUAACAGAUUUAACGAGCCAUUCACAGUUUCACAGUCAGGAGGGCAGUCCAGUGACCGGGACCCAGACACUGUCUGGGCGGUGGUCGGACAACUGGGACCCAGAAUGCCUGAUGUUGAAGUUAGGAGUCACAGUGUGGAAUGGAUUAGCAGGGUCUGGUGCAGGGUAAACGCACGCCCCCUGGUGUUGGGCACCAGCAUUUGUGCGGCCACAUACCAGGACACUGAUGCAGCUUCAGCGAGCAGCAGCAGGCGAUAGUGGAGUUUCAGCUGCAGCACGCAUGGGUCAGUCGCUCUGCACCAGACUUGCCCUCCAAUUGAUCCAAGUUUAAGGAUUUAAAGUGGACUCAUAAAAAUUACAGGGCCUCGAAAGAGUAGUGUAUUGUUAUUUGUCGUCACUACCUCCCCACGUCGGGAGUAGGUAAUUUGUGCGCCUGCUGCCUUCCUUGCAUGUGGUAGCCGUUUCUCAGGCUCCCUCUCUGAAAUCGAACCCUGAUUCCCCGUUACCCGUGGUCAUCAUGGUAGGCACAGAAAAUUGCAUAGAAAGUUGAUAGGGCAGACAUCCGAAUGCGUUGUCGCCGUCACGGGGACGUGCGAUCGGCACAAGGUUAUCACAGACAAGCGCAGCUGCCAACGUGGACAAGCUCACAUUUACUAAAAUGAACCAGGCAUGGAUCCCAACGUGGCCAACGUGGACAAGCUCACAUUUACUAAAAUGAACCAGGCAUGGAUCCCACCAGACUUGUCCUUGACCUUGUGCAGAAUAGACAUUUAUACCGGCCUCACCCAGCCAUUGUUAUACUCAAGUGCACUUAUUCUUUUGGCUACCUCCUCCUCCUCCACCGCCGCCGCUUCCACCUACACCACCAAGGUGUAUACCCAGAUAUAUCAGAGCUGCUGCAGAAAGUGCGGGCCAUCUGUGCGCGCUUUUGGCGUUCUCACCCUGCUGCUGCUCGCCUGUCUGCGCUGCAGCGUAACUUUGGCCCUCCCUCUCAUCGCUUCAUAUGCGAUGUGCCCACAAGGUAGAACUCCACCUUGCACAUGCUGGAGAGACUGUGCGAGCAGCAGCAGGUGAUAGUAGCGUUUCAGCUGCAGCAUGCACGGGUCAGUCGCUCUGCACCACAGCACCACUUCACCACCAAUGAGUGGGCCUCCAUGCGAGACCUGUGUGCCAUGUUGCGCUGUUUCUAGGACUCCACCAACAUGGCCAGUGCAGCUGAUGCCGUUCUCAGCCUUACUAUCCCGCUUCUAUGUCUCCUUGAAAAAAGAUUUGGGGCGAUGAUGGAAGAGGAUGUGGCACAGGAGGAAGAGGAGGAGGAAGAGGUGUAAUUUCCACGGUUAUCAGGCCAGUCAUUCAAAAGUGGCUCGGAGGGUGGGUUCCUGCACCAGCAUAGGCCAGGUACACAAUUGUCCAGCAUCUCCACACUGUCCCAUGGAAGCGUUCAGCUGUUCAUCUCCCAAACACUGGAGAGAAAGAGGAAGUACCCUCCUACCCACGAUCCCUGGCCCUGAAUGCCAGCAUUUCAAAAUUUGUGGCCUUUGAAAUACUGUCAUUCUGUCUGGUGGAGACGGACAGUUUUAAAAACCUGAUGGCGUUAUUGGACUGCAAGAAAUGCACCGCAGGCCACAAAUGUUUCUUUUUUGAUAUGUCCCAAUAUUUUGGCGGCUACCCCAAUUAAAAAACAAAAAAACUAAUAAAAAAAGUGUUGGCUACCUCCUCCGCCUCCACCACCGCUUCCACCUACACCACCACGGUCACCUCCUUCUCCUAGAGAAGGGUGCAAAUGCUGAGCGGCUGACCCCUAGACAGUACGCAUGCUACUGCCCACCGCACCCAGGGACCGAGCACACCAAAGCCAGCUCCAAAAAGUUCCAUGGCGUGGCAGUUCUUCAGACGAUGUGCUGAUGACAAGACAUGAGUGGUUUGCACACUAUGCAAUCAGAGCCUGAAGCGAGGCAUAAACAUUCUAAACCUGAGCACAACCUGCAUGACCAGGCAUCUACAUGCAAAGCACAAGCUGCAGUGGAGUAAGCACCUCAAAAACCAAGAAAGGUCUCAGGCUCCUCCUGCUUCCUCUUCUGCUGCUGUCUCGGCCUCUUCCUCCACCUCUGGAGUGACAGUGGCACCUGCCACCCCACAAACAGAGGAUGUGGCAGCAACGCCACCACGUCCGCCACCGUCCCCAAGCAUCUCCACACUGUCCAUCUCCAAAACACUGGAGAGAAAGAGGAAGUACCCCCCUACCCACCCGCGAUCCCUGGCCCUGAAUGCCAGCAUUUCAAAAUUCCUGGCCUUUGAAAUGCUGUCAUUCCGUCUGGUGGAGACGGACAGUUUUAAAAACCUGAUGGCUUUAUUGGACUGCACCGCAGCGCAGGGCACAACUGUUUUUUUUUUUUUUAUAUGUCACAAUAUUUUGGGGGCUACCCCAAUUAAAAAAAACAAAUAAAAAAACAGUGUUUGAUGCCUCCUCCUCCACCGCCGCUUCCACCUACACCGCCACGGUCACCACCUCCUCAACCUAUGGGUCACUUAGUAUAAACUAUGUGCACAAUAGCAGAGGCUUGUGAAGGCCUUUUCUCCAUGCAUCAGGAGUUGAGCUCAGUUUGACAAUGAAAGAGAAUACCCUGCACUCCAACCCUCUCUCAAAUUGAUAAUUCUGGUGAUCCUCCUGACAGCCAUGCUUUAGAUUUUGCUUUAUGUUCUUCCAAAGCUAAAAUCAAAGAUUCCAUCUGGUGCUAUUUUAUGGCUGUUAUUUUAAGGGAUUUUCCUAUCCACAUUUGUUUGCAGGCCACUUGUCCUAGCCCUCUAGCCCUUUCCAGGACUUUUUUAGAGGCAUUUUAGUGCCCAAAAGUUCGGGUCCCCAUUGACUUCAAUGUGGUUCGGGUUUAGGAUCAAAUUCGGGGUCAAGUUCGAUCCCGAAACCGGACUUUUUUUCGAAGUUCGGCCGAACCUGCCGAACCCGAAUAUCCAGGUGUCUGCUCAACUCUAAUUAUCAAUACUGACAUAUAUAAAUUUAACUUUUUGACAUUUCCAUGUAAACUAGGUAAAAUCUGUGAAAUUAAAGAUAUGCCUUGUCAUUGACUUGCCUGUGAAAAACUGAACCAUUUAUAAAAAAUUGAAUUGUUUGCGGUACUAAAUUGAGACCCUAUCAACACGGCUCUCUGAAAUAUGAAUGGGUUUCUGGACAAAAUGUCUAUGAAAAAUCUCACAAUUACGGCAAUUAUUAAUUUUAAUCCUACAGUUUGCCUGUAACAACUCAGAAUCUCAACAAAGUGGAGACAGGUCAGACACAAGUGGAUGUCAAAUUCGCUCGAGGAGGACAGAAAGAGCUCAAGAAUGUAUUUUCAAGGUAAGUACUUUGUUUUUUAACUAACAAACAUAAGACCAAAUAUAAAAUGAAUUGAAUGACCACUAGAUCAGUGUGAUCAGCUUUCAUUAAUCAUUUUUUUACUGAUAUUAAAACAUAUUGAAUACAUUUCAUUUCAGUGAACUAUUGGAAGCUGAAGAAGACAAAGUCAGAAGAAUUGUGAAACGUUGUUUAAAAUGGGAUCCCACCAAUGACAAUCCACUGGGUUCCAUUGUCCUGCCUCAAGCAGACUGUGCGAUUAGUGCCUGGUACUUUGAUAUCACAUGUAAAGAUCAUGCCAGUUAUCUCAACAACUUUAGAAAAUUCUCAUCCCUGCUGAAGGUGGGAGGUCACCUCAUUCUGUUUGGCUUUUUCAAUGCCACCUAUAUUACAAUUAGUGAUCACAGGUUUUCCUUCCUAAACUAUAAUGAAGAUCUUGUGAAGGAAGCUCUCCGAGACAAUGGUUAUACAACUCUGAUUUUUGACAUAUAUGAAAGCAAACUAAACACUCACUUAAUAGAUCAUGAACAUAUUGGAUACAUUGUAGCUCGUAAGGAAAGGGAGAAUUAACCAAAUUAAUUCUUAAAGGAUUACUCCAAUCACUACGACCACUUCUGCUUUUAGAAGUGAUCAUGGUAUUAGCAAUUUGUUAAGUGCAGCAUUUCUGCUUUUGUGCCCCAGGCUAGUGGCACCCUAGGUAAACACAUAUUAGGCAGCUGUUCUGGAGAGCGCUGCUAGGGGAGGGACAGGGGCUGUGAGGGGGGGACAAUAGCUGUGAGGGUGGGACAGGUGCUAAGAGGGUGAAACAGGUGCUAGGGGGGGGGGCAGAGGAGAUACAAGAGCUGAGGGAGUAGACCGCUGCUAUAGAGGGGGGCACAUUGGCUGUAGAGAGGGGGCAGGGGAUGAGAGGGGGACAGGAGCUUACAGGGUCAGACAGCAGCUGAGAGGACCACAUGGGCUGUAGAGGGGGACACAGGGGCCAUAGAGGGGGACACAGGGGCUGUAGAGGGGGACAGAGGAUGAAGGGGGCCAGGGGCUGAGAGGGGAGAUCGGGACUGUGAGGGGAGACAAGGGCUGUGAGGGAGGACAGAUCCUGUGAGAGGGGAUAAUGGCUGUGAGGGGGUACAGGGGCUGUGAGGGGGGGUACAGGGGCUGUCAGCGGUGUCAGGGUCUGAUAGGGGGAGUCAGGAUCUGAGAGGGGUGGCAGCUGCUAUAGAGGGGGACACAGGGGCUGUAGACGGGGGACAGGAGCUAAAAGGGGGGACAGGAAUUGAAAUGGGGGGCAGGAGCUGGCACAUGGGCUGUAAAGAAGGGGGACAGGGGCUGUGGUGGGGCUGCUUAAAAAAAAAAACAUUACCCCCUCCCUGAAGCUUACAUUGGGCCAGGGAGGGGGGGACAGGAUCUGCAGCCUGGGGCUGCCUGGAGCCUGCAGCCAGUGAAGUCGGCCGGACUCUCCUGAUGAUGUCAGGAGGAGGGGGCGCGACUUACACUGCUCUUCUCCCAGACCUCCCAGCGGUCUGGGAGAAGAGCAGUGGAUGUCACGCCCCCUCCUCCUGACAUCAUCACGAUGGGCCGGCCGAUUCCACUGGCUGCAGGGAGAGUAAGGUGAGUUGAAAACUCAGAGUCCCCAGACAGAGGCAGGGGAUUCGGAUUUUUGCACCCUCCUGCUCAAGCGCCUUAAAGCCGCCGCUUGUGCCGCCUUAUGGACGAGCCGGCCCUGCUCGUCAGUACAAUCUGCGCACUGGUGACAGAUGUAAUAAGCGUCUUCUCUUGCAGGCAGCGGUGUGAGUAUCAGCUGACAAAGUAUCUCAUUGUAAAUCUCCCCAAUGUAACUUCCUUCUCUCCCUCCCUAGUGACAGCACUCUUUCACGCCAGUUUUCAUAACCUCCACCUCCUUCUUUUCUUGUCCCUACCCCUAUUCCACCCUUUUGCAAGGCCACAAUCCCUCUGUUCAAAACUGCUGUGCAUGCGCCAAUUUUGUCUGGAACAGAAGAGGAAACUGUCAUUGCUGACAGCCUCCUGGAGGUGAAUUAUGCUCAAAUGCAGACAUUUUUUUUACAAGUUUUUGUUGCAAUUUUAAGCUUUACUUCUACUAAUUCUUUCAGGGUCCUUACAAAUACUUAUAAUCAAUGUGUGUGAGAAAAAUUGCCUUUUUGCUUUUAUACUAAUAUUUCAGACUCUGUGUGAAAGAUUGCAAGAUAAAUGACACUGUAUACUCGCUUUAAUAUAUGUUGUGCUGAUAUUUAUUCAAUCAAAAAGUGCUCAGUAGUGAAGGGGUUAAUACUGUAAUAAAUAAACUUGGAUUAAUUACAAUAAAGUGACCUAUUAAAGCCACGAACUGACUCAUUUGCUUAUGUGUGUUUGCUAUGUAUUUCUAUUAGUAGUGACAUGUAAGGGUGUAAGUUGUUUGUGCAUUAUUUUCUCAAAGUGCAUAACUUUGCAUUUUUCUACAUUCAAUUUCAUCCCCAAUAGUUUUGUGUCAUCUGUAAACACUGAAACAUGACUUUCAAUUUCUGUCCCCAAUUGUUUCUCUCUCUUCCACUCCCCCAACCUAGCUCCACAUACCUUCUCUCAAAGCUUUUUUUCUCCCACCCAGGCACCAUAUUCCUCUACCUACCUUUAAUGCAGGUUCUGCUGUUGAUCUGAAGUUGUGCCAAACAGGAUUUGCUGGAGCUCUGCAAUCCCUCCACACUCCUCCUAAGGGAGUGCAGAGUCAGAGUACCACCCUUUCGGCCAUGCUACAUAUCACUACAGACAUGUGGUCCUCCAUGCCACGUGGAGAGCCCACAACUUUCUAUCUAUACACCAAAACCACUUAAUUAAGCCAAAGUUGUUUUGGUGCUUAGUGUGUCCUUUAAUGCUAUGAUUUAAAAAAGCUAUGUUUGAAACCACAUUCAUUGUUAUGGGUACCUGUAGAAAUCCAGAGUGAAGUCUGUUUCUGCUUGCACUGUGGGGAGUUUAUUUUUUUGUCAUUCUUUAUUGUUUUUUGCGUACAACAUAACAAACAUCCUUAUAAUACCACAACAGCAAUGUCAUGGUAUACAAAGAGUUACAUCUUUGCAGUGCGUCACAUUCAAUAUUUUGGCACAGAUUUUUUGAAAAAUAACGAAAAAGAGCACAGUCUAAGUCAGUCAUAACAUGCUACUAGUCAAGGUACACAUGAAACGAGGUCUGGAUAAAAAAUAUUCUCAGAGCCUCAGAUAAAAAUGCUAGGCUAGCUAGGUGUAGCGGAGAGGGAUGAGUUAUGUAGUAAAGCAGCAAGAGUACAAUUCCAUGAGGGUAAACUAUAGGAAAAGUGAGACUGCUGAAUCGUACAACUGUCUAUAGUUACAUAAGUAAUAUACUACUGGACGAUCAGAAUAAAACUACAUUGCAAAUACGGUCUAUGGACUAGUGAUGCACCGAAUGGUUCACCUGCGAAUAGUUCCUGGCGAACAUAGCAUGUUCGCGUUCGCCACGACGGGCGAACAUAUGCGCGGUUCGAUCCGGCCCCUAUUCGUCAUCAUUGAGUAAACUUUGACCCUGUACCUCACAGUCAGCAGACACAUUCCAGCCAAUUAGCAGCACACCCUCCCUAGCAGACCCUCCCACCUACUGGAAGGCAUCCAUUUUACAUUCAUUCUCAAGCUGCAUGCUUAGUGAGAGGAGGGAAAGUGUAGCUGCUGUUGAUUAGAUAGGGAAAUGCAUAGCUAGGUUAGGGUAUACAGUGUCCACUACAGUCCUGAAGGACUCAUCUGAUCUCUGCUGUAAGUACAGCACCCCAAAAAGCCCUUUUUAGGGCUAGAACAUCAGUCUGCUUUUUUUUUUUUCUGUAUAAUGUAAUUGCAGUUAGUUGUCUGCCAGCUUCUGUGUCAGGCUCACAGUGGAUAUUGUGCCCAGUGCCACCACUCACUCACUGGUGUCACAAUAGCUUGCAUUUAAAAACAAAAAACUUUUUUCACUGUUAUAGAUUGAAUAGCAGUUAGUUGUCUCAAAGCGGAUGUGUCAGCCCUACAGCGUGUACUCUGUCAGUUCACAGUGCCACUCUUAUCUGGUGUCACAAUAGCAUGCAUUUUAAAACCAAAAAACUUUUUUCACUGUUAUAGAUUGAAUAGCAGUUAGUUGUCUCAAAGCGGGUGUGUCAGCCCUACAGCGUGCACUCUGCCAGUUCACAGUGCCACUCAUAUCUGGUGUCAUAAUAGCUUGCAUUUAAAAACAAAAAACUUUUUUCACUGUUAUAGAUUGAAUAGCAGUUAGUUGUCUCAAAGCUGGUGUGUCAGGCUCACAGUGGAUACUGUGCCCAGUGCCACCACUCACUCACUGGUGUCACAAUAGCUUGCAUUUAAAAACAAAAAACUUUUUUCACUGUUAUAGAUUGAAUAGCAGUUAGUUGUCUGUAAGCGUCUGUGUGUCAGGCUCGCAGUGUAUACUGUGCCCAUUUGCCCAGUGCCACCACUCACUCACUGGUGUCACAAUAGCGUGCAUUUAAAAACAAAAAACUUUUUUCACUGUUAUAGAUUGAAUAGCAGUUAGUUGUCUCAAAGCGGGUGUGUCAGGCUCACAGUGGAUACUGUGCCCAGUGCCACCACUCAAUCACUGGUGUCACAAUAGCUUGCAUUUAAAAACAAAAAACUUUUUUCACUGUUAUAGAUUGAAUAGCAGUUAGUUGUCUUCAAGCUGGUGUGUCAGGCCUACAGCAUGUACUCUGCCAACCUCUGCCAGUUCACAGUGCCACUCAUAUCUGGUGUCACAGUAGCUUGCACGCAUAGUACCACUAAUCGAAAACAAAAUGACAGGCAGAGGCAGGCCACCCCUACACUGCGCAUUGGGUAAACCUGCUGACGGCUGCCAAGCAUGGAAUGUGUGGCUCUGCAGAGGAGUUGGUGACACCGCCACGACUUGCAGGCAGGCCUGCUGCUACCUCCUCUACUCCUCCUACUCCAUCCUCUUCCAUAACCUCCUCGGCUGAGUCCUCUUCUGCUGCUGCAUCUUGCUCCACAUCAACGGAUAGGGGACGUAACAGGGAUUAAACUGAUAGGAAUAAUACUACUUAACACACCUUAUAAUAACGCAGAGAGAGGCAAUGCAGAGAGAGGAGUCUGAAGAAGAGGAGUCAGAGGAGGAAGGUGGCUUUGAGGAGGUGGAAGACCAAACACAGCAGGUAUCCCAGGGGGCUUGUUGUCACCUUUUGGGGACCCUUGGUGUUGUACGUGGCUGGGUGGAGGAAGAGACCUUCAAUGACAUCAGUGAGGACAAGGAACGGGACAUGGCUAGCUUGGUAUCCAACCUUGUGUAAAUGGGGAGUUUGCGGUUGUGCAAAUGGACUGUUUGCGGUUGUUUGCAGUGCGUUAAACAGGGAGUUUGGUCUGUCACUGUGAAGCGGGCGUAACCCUUACACUACCUGAUCGAUACAACAUCAUACAGUAGGUCCCCCCCCUCAUUAUUUUUAUGGCCCUCACCCACCGCUCACGGGUGGGGGCGGGCGGGAGGACAGUAGGUCCCCCCCCAUUGAGAUUUAUGGCCCCCACCCACCGUGCAGGGGUGGGGGCCGGGGGGGAGGACAGUAGGUCCCCCCUUAGCCUUAUUUACUGAAUAUUCCCCUGUAUAACAAUGUUUGGCAUAGUGAAUAUUCCCUAUUCUGCUCUGUGUCAGUGUGUAUCAGGGAUCCUUAGGAUAGGUGUCAAUCCAUAUCUGCCAAGUGACCCUAUGUAGGGGGAACAGUCUCUAUUCUGCUCUGUGUCAGUGUGUAUCAUGGUCUCUGAGGACAGGUGUCAAUCCAUAUCUGCCAAGUGACCCUAUGUAGGAGGAACAGUCUCUAUUCUGCUCUGUGUCAGUGUGUAUCAGGGGCUCUGAGACAGGUGUCAAUCCAUAUCUGCCUAGUGACCCUAUGUAGGGGGAACAGUCUCUAUUCUGCUCUGUGUCAGUGUGUAUCAUGGUCCCUGAGGAAAGGUGUCAAUCCAUAUCUGCCAAGUGACCCUAUGUAGGGGAAACAGUCACUAUUCUGCUCUGUGUCAGUGUGUAUCAUGAUCUCUGAGGACAGGUGUCAAUCCAUAUCUGCCAAGUGACCCUAUGUAGGGGGAACAGUCUCUAUUCUGCUCUGUGUCAGUGUGUAUCAUGGUCUCUGAGGACAGGUGUCAAUCCAUAUCUGCCAAGUGACCCUAUGUAGGAGAACAGUCUCUAUUCUGCUCUGUGUCAGUGUGUAUCAUGGUCUCUGAGGACAGGUGUCAAUCCAUAUCUACCAAGUGACCCUAUGUAGGAGGAACAGUCUCUAUUCUGCUCUGUCAGUGUGUAUCAGGGGCUCUGAGGACAGGUGUCAAUCCAUAUCUGCCAAGUGACCCUAUGUAGGGGGAACAGUCUCUAUUCUGCUCUCUGUCAGUGUGUAUCAUGGUCUCUGAGGACAGGUGUCAAUCCAUAUCUGCCAAGUGACCCUAUGUAGGGGGAACAGUCUCUAUUCUGCUCUGUGUCAGUGUGUAUCAGGGCUCUGAGGACAGGUGUCAAUCCAUAUCUGCCAAGUGACCCUAUGUAGGAGGAACAGUCUCUAUUCUGCUCUGUGUCAGUGUGUAUCAGGGGCUCUGAGGACAGGUGUCAAUCCAUAUCUGCCAAGUGACCCUAUGUAGGGGAACAGUCUCUAUUCUGCUCUGUGUCAGUGUGUAUCAUGAUCUCUGAAGACAGGUGUCAAUCCAUAUCUGCCAAGUGACCCUAUGUAGGAGGAACAGUCUCUAUUCUGCUCUGUGUCAGUGUGUAUCAUGAUCUCUGAAGACAGGUGUCAAUCCAUAUCUGCCAAGUGACCCUAUAUAGGAGAACAAUCUCUAUUCUGCUCUGUGUCAGUGUGUAUCAUGGUCUCUGAGGACAGGUGUCAAUCCAUAUCUGCCAAGUGACUCUAUGUAGGAGGAACACUCUCUAUUCUGCUCGGUGUCAGUGUGUAUCAGGGGCUCUGAAGACAGGUGUCAAUCCAUAUCUGCCAAGUGACCCUAUGUAGGAGAACAAUCUCUAUUCUGCUCUGUGUCAGUGUGUAUCAUGGUCUCUGAGGAGAGGUGUCAAUCCAUAUCUGCCAAGUGACACUAUGUAGGAGGAACAGUCUCUAUUCUGCUCUGUGUCAGUGUGUAUCAUGAUCUCUGAGGACAGGUGUCAAUCCAUAUCUGCCAACUGACACUAUGUAGGAGGAACAGUCUCUAUUCUGCUCUGUGUCAGUGUGUAUCAUGUUCUCUGAGGACAGGUGUCAAUCCAUAUCUGCCAAGUGACCCUAUGUAGGAGAACAGUCUCUAUUCUGCUCUGUGUCAGUGUGUAUCAGGGUCUCUGAGGACAGGUGUCCAUCCAUAUGUCAAGGUUUCAAUAUGUCAGGUGUCAAUCCAUAUCCAUUGUGAUUUAGGAAUGUUAGGUGAUUUAUGCCCUUUAUGGAUUAAGACCAGACUCUACGUCAACUGUGUAAUUUUCCAUGGGAGUUUUGCCAUGGAUCCCCCUCCGGCAUGCCACAGUCCAGGUGUUAGUCCCCUUGAAACAACUUUUCCAUCACUAUUGUGGCCAGAAAGAGUCCCUGUGUGUUUUAAAAUUCGCCUGCCCAUUGAAGUCUAUGGCGGUUCGCCCGGUUCGCGAACAUUUGCGGACGUUCGCGUUCGCCGUUCGCGAACCGAAAAUUUCGGGUUCGCGACAUCACUAUCUCUCAAUUGGUGCAGCCUUUUGUCAGUUGAUGGUCAUGUCCGAUUUCUUUAAGGAAAUCACCAUUUUAGAUUCAUCGGACAGAACAUUAGAGGAAACUAGAAAAUGACUGAAUAAGAUCCAGGAGCUGUAGACUGGUCGCAAGCCAUUGAAAUGUCAUGUGAAUUUACGGGUUUGAGGUGAGCAUGCUAGGUUUGAAAUGUCCUGCCCAAAGGAGCUUACGAUCUAAAAGAUUUGCAGAAAAAUACAUUGAGGGGAAGUGAGGAGAUAAUCUUGAUAUACCUGAAAUGAUGUGGUGUUUGGGAGGAGGGAGCACGGUAUGUGGGCAACAGUGGAGGAAGGUUGUAAGGGAUGAGGAGUUAAAGGACCACUCCACACCCCAAAAGCACCCUCAAAGUAUCCUCAUUUAACCCCAGUUUAUAAAAGUGCUGAUUUCUAUGAGAAAUCAGCACUUUUAUAAAUCAAUUAGGGAACUCCCCCCUGGCUGUCAGUCAAACAGCCAGAGAGUAUUCCUUCCUACUUCCAUUAACUUUACAAAGUUUGGAACAAUUUGUGCAAAGGAUAAAUUAAACUUUUUGACAUCUCCAUGUAAGCGAGGUAACAUCUGUGAAAUUAAAGAAUGCUUGUGAAAAACUAAAAUAUUUAUAUCAAAUUGAAUGGUUUGCAAUAUUACAUUAAGACCUUAUUAACAUGGCUUUCUUAAAUAUGAAUGGGCUUGUGGGCAAAAUGUCUAUGAAAAAACUCACAAUUAUGGCAAUUAUUAUUUUUAAUCCUACAGUUUGCUUGUAACAAAUCUCAACAAAGUGGAGACAGGUAAGACACACGAAGUGAAUGUCAAAUUCGCUCAAGAAUGUAUUUUCAAGGUAAGUACUUUGUUUUUAACUAACAAAAAUAAGACCAAAUAUAACAGAAAUUGAAUGAAUACUAGAACAAUGUGCAUUUAGAAAGUUUUCAUUCAUAAUUUUUUAUUGAUAUUAAAAUAAAUUGGAUAUAGUAAAUUUCAGUGAACUAGUGGAAGUUGAAGAAGAUAAAGUCAGAAGAAUUGUGAAACGUUGUUGACAAUCCACUGGGUUCCAUCAUCCUGCCUCAAGCAGACUGUGCCAUCCGGAUCUGGUACUUUGAUAUCGCCUGUAAAGAUCAUGCCAAUUAUCUCGACAGCUUUAGAAAAUUCUCAUCCCAGCUGAAGGUGGGAAGACACCUCAUUCUGUUGGCCUUUUUUGAUGCAACCUAUUAUACAAUUGGUGAUCACAGGUUUUCUUUCCUAAACUAUAAUGAAGAUUUUGUGAAGGAAGCUCUCUGAGACAAUGGGUAUACCACUGUGAUUUUUGACGUAUAUGAAAGCAAACUAAACACUCACUUAAUAGAUCAUGAACAUAUUGGAUACAUUGUAGCUCGUAAGGAAAGGGAGAAUUAACCAAAUUAAUUCUUAAAGGAUUACUCCAAUCACUACGACCACUUCUGCUUUUAGAAGUGAUCAUGGUAUUAGCAAUUUGUUAAGUGCAGCAUUUCUGCUUUUGUGCCCCAGGCUAGUGGCACCCUAGGUAAACACAUAUUAGGCAGCUGUUCUGGAGAGCGCUGCUAGGGGAGGGACAGGGGCUGUGAGGGGGGGACAAUAGCUGUGAGGGUGGGACAGGUGCUAAGAGGGUGAAACAGGUGCUAGGGGGGGGGGCAGAGGAGAUACAAGAGCUGAGGGAGUAGACCGCUGCUAUAGAGGGGGGCACAUUGGCUGUAGAGAGGGGGCAGGGGAUGAGAGGGGGACAGGAGCUUACAGGGUCAGACAGCAGCUGAGAGGACCACAUGGGCUGUAGAGGGGGACACAGGGGCCAUAGAGGGGGACACAGGGGCUGUAGAGGGGGACAGAGGAUGAAGGGGGCCAGGGGCUGAGAGGGGAGAUCGGGACUGUGAGGGGAGACAAGGGCUGUGAGGGAGGACAGAUCCUGUGAGAGGGGAUAAUGGCUGUGAGGGGGUACAGGGGCUGUGAGGGGGGGUACAGGGGCUGUCAGCGGUGUCAGGGUCUGAUAGGGGGAGUCAGGAUCUGAGAGGGGUGGCAGCUGCUAUAGAGGGGGACACAGGGGCUGUAGACGGGGGACAGGAGCUAAAAGGGGGGACAGGAAUUGAAAUGGGGGGCAGGAGCUGGCACAUGGGCUGUAAAGAAGGGGGACAGGGGCUGUGGUGGGGCUGCUUAAAAAAAAAAACAUUACCCCCUCCCUGAAGCUUACAUUGGGCCAGGGAGGGGGGGACAGGAUCUGCAGCCUGGGGCUGCCUGGAGCCUGCAGCCAGUGAAGUCGGCCGGACUCUCCUGAUGAUGUCAGGAGGAGGGGGCGCGACUUACACUGCUCUUCUCCCAGACCUCCCAGCGGUCUGGGAGAAGAGCAGUGGAUGUCACGCCCCCUCCUCCUGACAUCAUCACGAUGGGCCGGCCGAUUCCACUGGCUGCAGGGAGAGUAAGGUGAGUUGAAAACUCAGAGUCCCCAGACAGAGGCAGGGGAUUCGGAUUUUUGCACCCUCCUGCUCAUGCGCCUUAAAGCGGCCGCUUGUGCCGCCUUAUGGACGAGCCGGCCCUGCUCGUCAGUACAAUCUGCGCACUGGUGACAGAUGUAAUAAGCGUCUUCUCUUGCAGGCAGCGGUGUGAGUAUCAGCUGACAAAGUAUCUCAUUGUAAAUCUCCCCAAUGUAACUUCCUUCUCUCCCUCCCUAGUGACAGCACUCUUUCACGCCAGUUUUCAUAACCUCCACCUCCUUCUUUUCUUGUCCCUACCCCUAUUCCACCCUUUUGCAAGGCCACAAUCCCUCUGUUCAAAACUGCUGUGCAUGCGCCAAUUUUGUCUGGAACAGAAGAGGAAACUGUCAUUGCUGACAGCCUCCUGGAGGUGAAUUAUGCUCAAAUGCAGACAUUUAUUUUACAAGUUUUUGUUGCAAUUUUAAGCUGUACUUCUACUAAUUCUUUCAGGGUCCUUACAAAUACUUAUAAUCAAUGUGUGUGAGAAAAAUUGCCUUUUUGCUUUUAUACUAAUAUUUCAGACUCUGUGUGAAAGAUUGCAAGAUAAAGGACACUGUAUACUCGCUUUAAUAUAUGUUGUGCUGAUAUUUAUUCAAUCAAAAAGUGCUCAGUAGUGAAGGGGUUAAUACUGUAAUAAAUAAACUUGGAUUAAUUACAAUAAAGUGACCUAUUAAAGCCAUGAACUGACUCAUUUGCUUAUGUGUGUUUGCUAUGUAUUUCUAUUAGUAGUGACAUGUAAGGGUGUAAGUUGUUUGUGCAUUAUUUUCUCAAAGUGCAUAACUUUGCAUUUUUCUACAUUCAAUUUCAUCCCCAAUAGUUUUGUGUCAUCUGUAAACACUGAAACAUGACUUUCAAUUUCUGUCCCCAAUUGUUUCUCUCUCUUCCACUCCCCCAACCUAGCUCCACAUACCUUCUCUCAAAGCUUUUUUCUCCCACCCAGGCACCAUAUUCCUCUACCUACCUUUAAUGCAGGUUCUGCUGUUGAUCUGAAGUUGUGCCAAACAGGAUUUGCUGGAGCUCUGCAAUCCCUCCACACUCCUCCUAAGGGAGUGCAGAGUCAGAGUACCACCCUUUCGGCCAUGCUACAUAUCACUACAGACAUGUGGUCCUCCAUGCCACGUGGAGAGCCCACAACUUUCUAUCUAUACACCAAAACCACUUAAUUAAGCCAAAGUUGUUUUGGUGCUUAGUGUGUCCUUUAAUGCUAUGAUUUAAAAAAGCUAUGUUUGAAACCACAUUCAUUGUUAUGGGUACCUGUAGAAAUCCAGAGUGAAGUCUGUUUCUGCUUGCACUGUGGGGAGUUUAUUUUUUUGUCAUUCUUUAUUGUUUUUUGCGUACAACAUAACAAACAUCCUUAUAAUACCACAACAGCAAUGUCAUGGUAUACAAAGAGUUACAUCUUUGCAGUGCGUCACAUUCAAUAUUUUGGCACAGAUUUUUUGAAAAAUAACGAAAAAGAGCACAGUCUAAGUCAGUCAUAACAUGCUACUAGUCAAGGUACACAUGAAACGAGGUCUGGAUAAAAAAUAUUCUCAGAGCCUCAGAUAAAAAUGCUAGGCUAGCUAGGUGUAGCGGAGAGGGAUAAGUUAUGUAGUAAAGCAGCAAGAGUACAAUUCCAUGAGGGUAAACUAUAGGAAAAGUGAGACUGUUGAAUCGUAGAACUGUCUAUAGUUACAUAAGUAAUAUACUACUGGACGAUCAGAAUAAAACUACAUUGCAAAUACGGUCUAUGGACUAGUGAUGCACCGAAUGGUUCACCUGCGAAUAGUUCCUGGCGAACAUAGCAUGUUCGCGUUCGCCACGACGGGCGAACAUAUGCGCGGUUCGAUCCGGCCCCUAUUCGUCAUCAUUGAGUAAACUUUGACCCUGUACCUCACAGUCAGCAGACACAUUCCAGCCAAUUAGCAGCACACCCUCCCUAGCAGACCCUCCCACCUACUGGACAGCAUCCAUUUUACAUUCAUUCUCAAGCUGCAUGCUUAGUGAGAGGAGGGAAAGUGUAGCUGCUGUUGAUUAGAUAGGGAAAUGCAUAGCUAGGUUAGGGUAUACAGUGUCCACUACAGUCCUGAAGGACUCAUCUGAUCUCUGCUGUAAGUACAGCACCCCAAAAAGCCCUUUUUAGGGCUAGAACAUCAGUCUGCUUUUUUUUUUUCUGUAUAAUGUAAUUGCAGUUAGUUGUCUGCCAGCUUCUGUGUCAGGCUCACAGUGGAUAUUGUGCCCAGUGCCACCACUCACUCACUGGUGUCACAAUAGCUUGCAUUUAAAAACAAAAAACUUUUUUCACUGUUAUAGAUUGAAUAGCAGUUAGUUGUCUCAAAGCGGAUGUGUCAGCCCUACAGCGUGUACUCUGUCAGUUCACAGUGCCACUCUUAUCUGGUGUCACAAUAGCGUGCAUUUUAAAACCAAAAAACUUUUUUCACUGUUAUAGAUUGAAUAGCAGUUAGUUGUCUCAAAGCGGGUGUGUCAGCCCUACAGCGUGCACUCUGCCAGUUCACAGUGCCACUCAUAUCUGGUGUCAUAAUAGCUUGCAUUUAAAAACAAAAAACUUUUUUCACUGUUAUAGAUUGAAUAGCAGUUAGUUGUCUCAAAGCGGGUGUGUCAGGCUCACAGUGGAUACUGUGCAGAGUGCCACCACUCACUCACUGGUGUCACAAUAGCGUGCAUUUAAAAACCCAAAAACUUUUUUCACUGUUAUAGAUUGAAUAGCAGUUAGUUGUCUGCAAGCGUCUGUGUGUCAGGCUCGCAGUGUAUACUGUGCCCACUUGCCCAGUGCCACCACUCACUCACUGGUGUCACAAUAGCGUGCAUUUAAAAACCAAAACACUUUUUUCACUGUUAUAGAUUGAAUAGCAGUUAGUUGUCUCAAAGCGGGUGUGUCAGGCUCACAGUGGAUACUGUGCCCAGUGCCACCACUCACUCACUGGUGUCACAAUAGCGUGCAUUUAAAAACCAAAAAACUUUUUUCACUGUUAUGGAUUGAAUAGCAGUUAGUUGUCUCAAAGCGGGUGUGUCAGCCCUACAGCGUGUACUCUGCCAACCUCUGCCAGUUCACAGUGCCACUCAUAUCUGGUGUCACAGUAGCUUGCACGCAUAGUACCACUAAUCGAAAAAAAAAUGACAGGCAGAGGCAGGCCACCCCUACACUGCGCAUUGGGUAAACCUGCUGACGGCUGCCAAGCAUGGAAUGUGUGGCUCUGCAGAGGAGUUGGUGACACCGCCACGACUUGCAGGCAGGCCUGCUGCCACCUCCUCUACUCCUCCUACUCCAUCCUCUUCCAUAACCUCCUCGGCUGAGUCCUCUUCUGCUGCUGCGUCUUGCUCCACAUCAACGGAUAGGGGACGUAACAGGGAUUAAACUGAUAGGAAUAAUACUACUUAACACACCUUAUAAUAACGCAGAGAGAGGCAAUGCAGAGAGAGGAGUCUGAAGAAGAGGAGUCAGAGGAGGAAGGUGGCUUUGAGGAGGUGGAAGACCAAACACAGCAGGCGUCCCAGGGGGCUUGUUGUCACCUUUCGGGGACCCUUGGUGUUGUACGUGGCUGGGUGGAGGAAGAGACCUUCAAUGACAUCAGUGAGGACAAGGAACGGGACAUGGCUAGCUUGGUAUCCAACCUUGUGCAAAUGGGGAGUUUGCGGUUGUGCAAAUGGACUGUUUGCGGUUGUUUGCGGUGCGUUAAACGGGGAGUUUGGUCUGUCACUGUGAAGUGGGCGUAACCCUUACACUACCUGAUCGAUACAACAUCAUACAGUAGGUCCCCCCCUCAUUAUUUUUAUGGCCCCCACCCACCGCUCACGGGUGGGGGCGGGCGGGAGGACAGUAGGUCCCCCCCCAUUGAGAUUUAUGGCCCCCACCCACCGUGCAGGGGUGGGGGCCGGGGGGGAGGACAGUAGGUCCCCCCUUAGCCUUAUUUACUGAAUAUUCCCCUGUAUAACAAUGUUUGGCAUAGUGAAUAUUCCCUAUUCUGCUCUGUGUCAGUAUGUAUCAGGGAUCCUUAGGAUAGGUGUCAAUCCAUAUCUGCCAAGUGACCCUAUGUAGGGGGAACAGUCUCUAUUCUGCUCUGUGUCAGUGUGUAUCAUGGUCUCUGAGGACAGGUGUCAAUCCAUAUCUGCCAAGUGACCCUAUGUAGGAGGAACAAUCUCUAUUCUGCUCUGUGUCAGUGUGUAUCAGGGGCUCUGAGGACAGGUGUCAAUCCAUAUCUGCCUAGUGACCCUAUGUAGGGGGAACAGUCUCUAUUCUGCUCUGUGUCAGUGUGUAUCAUGGUCCCUGAGGAAAGGUGUCAAUCCAUAUCUGCCAAGUGACCCUAUGUAGGGGAAACAGUCACUAUUCUGCUCUGUGUCAGUGUGUAUCAUGAUCUCUGAGGACAGGUGUCAAUCCAUAUCUGCCAAGUGACCCUAUAUAGGAGAACAAUCUCUAUUCUGCUCUGUGUCAGUGUGUAUCAUAAUCUCUGAAGACAGGUGUCAAUCCAUAUCUGCCAAGUGACCCUAUGUAGGGGAACAGUCUCUAUUCUGCUCUGUGUCAGUGUUUAUCAUGGUCUCUGAGGACAGGUGUCAAUCCAUAUCUGCCAAGUGACUCUAUGUAGGAGGAACACUCUCUAUUCUGCUCGGUGUCAGUGUGUAUCAUGGACUCUGAGGACAGGUGUCAAUCCAUAUCUGCCAAGUGACCCUAUGUAGGAGGAACAGUCUCUAUUCUGCUCUGUGUCAGUGUGUAUCAAGGGCUCUGAGGACAGGUGUCAAUCCAUAUCUGCCAAGUGACCCUAUGUAGGGGAACAGUCUCUAUUCUGCUCUGUGUCAGUGUGUAUCAUAAUCUCUGAAGACAGGUGUCAAUCCAUAUCUGCCAAGUGACCCUAUGUAGGGGAACAGUCUCUAUUCUGCUCUCUGUCAGUGUUUAUCAUGAUCUCUGAAGACAGGUGUCAAUCCAUAUCUGCCAAGUGACCCUAUGUAGGAGAACAAUCUCUAUUCUGCUCUGUGUCAGUGUGUAUCAUGGUCUCUGAGGACAGGUGUCAAUCCAUAUCUGCCAAGUGACUCUAUGUAGGAGGAACACUCUCUAUUCUGCUCUGUGUCAGUGUGUAUCAGGGGCUCUGAAGACAGGUGUCAAUCCAUAUCUGCCAAGUGACCCUAUGUAGGAGAACAAUCUCUAUUCUGCUCUGUGUCAGUGUGUAUCAUGGUCUCUGAGGAGAGGUGUCAAUCCAUAUCUGCCAAGUGACACUAUGUAGGAGGAACAGUCUCUAUUCUGCUCUGUGUCUGUGUGUAUCAUGAUCUCUGAGGACAGGUGUCAAUCCAUAUCUGCCAAGUGACCCUAUGUAGGAGGAACAGUCUCUAUUCUGCUCUGUGUCAGUGUGUAUCAGGGGCUCUGAGGACAGGUGUCAAUCCAUAUCUGCCAAGUGACCCUAUGUAGGGGAAACAGUCUCUAUUCUGCUCUGUGUCGGUGUGUAUCAUGGUCUCUGAGGACAGGUGUCAAUCCAUAUCUGCCAAGUGACCCUAUGUAGGAGGAACAGUCUCUAUUCUGCUCUAUGUCAGUGUGUAUCAGGGGCUCUAAGGACAGGUGUCAAUCCAUAUCUGCCAAGUGACCCUAUGUAGGGGAACAUUCUCUAUUCUGCUCUGUGUCAGUGUGUAUCAUGGACUCUGAGGACAGGUGUCAAUCCAUAUCUGCCAAGUGACCCUAUGUAGGAGGAACAGUCUCUAUUCUGCUCUGUGUCAGUGUGUAUCAGGGGCUCUGAGGACAGGUGUCAAUCCAUAUCUGCCAAGUGACCCUAUGUAGGGGAACAGUCUCUAUUCUGCUCUGUGUCAGUGUGUAUCAUAAUCUCUGAAGACAGGUGUCAAUCCAUAUCUGCCAAGUGACCCUAUGUAGGGGAACAGUCUCUAUUCUGCUCUGUGUCAGUGUGUAUCAUGAUCUCUGAAGACAGGUGUCAAUCCAUAUCUGCCAAGUGACCCUAUAUAGGAGAACAAUCUCUAUUCUGCUCUGUGUCAGUGUGUAUCAUGGUCUCUGAGGACAGGUGUCAAUCCAUAUCUGCCAAGUGACUCUAUGUAGGAGGAACACUCUCUAUUCUGCUCGGUGUCAGUGUGUAUCAGGGGCUCUGAGGACAGGUGUCAAUCCAUAUCUGCCAAGUGACUCUAUGUAGGAGGAACACUCUCUAUUCUGCUCUGUGUCAGUGUGUAUCAUAAUCUCUGAAGACAGGUGUCAAUCCAUAUCUGCCAAGUGACCCUAUGUAGGGGAACAGUCUCUAUUCUGCUCUGUGUCAGUGUGUAUCAUGAUCUCUGAAGACAGGUGUCAAUCCAUAUCUGCCAAGUGACCCUAUAUAGGAGAACAAUCUCUAUUCUGCUCUGUGUCAGUGUGUAUCAUGGUCUCUGAGGACAGGUGUCAAUCCAUAUCUGCCAAGUGACCCUAUGUAGGAGAACAAUCUCUAUUCUGCUCUGUGUCAGUGUGUAUCAUGGUCUCUGAGGAGAGGUGUCAAUCCAUAUCUGCCAAGUGACACUAUGUAGGAGGAACAGUCUCUAUUCUGCUCUGUGUCAGUGUGUAUCAUAAUCUCUGAAGGACAGGUGUCAAUCCAUAUCUGCCAAGUGACCCUAUGUAGGAGAACAGUCUCUAUUCUGCUCUGUGUCAGUGUGUAUCAUGGUCUCUGAGGACAGGUGUCAAUCCAUAUCUGCCAAGUGACCCUAUGUAGGAGGAACAGUCUCUAUUCUGCUCUGUGUCAGUGUGUAUCAGGGGCUCUGAGGACAGGUGUCAAUCCAUAUCUGCCAAGUGACCCUAUGUAGGGGGAACAGUCUCUAUUCUGCUCUGUGUCAGUGUGUAUCAUGAUCUCUGAAGACAGGUGUCAAUCCAUAUCUGCCAAGUGACCCUAUGUAGGGGAACAGUCUCUAUUCUGCUCUGUGUCAGUGUGUAUCAUGAUCUCUGAGGACAGGUGUCAAUCCAUAUCUGCCAAGUGACCCUAUGUAGGAGGAACAGUCUCUAUUCUGCUCUGUGUCAGUGUGUAUCAGGGGCUCUGAGGACAGGUGUCAAUCCAUAUCUGCCAAGUGACCCUAUGUAGGAGAACAAUCUCUAUUCUGCUCUGUGUCAGUGUGUAUCAUGGUCUCUGAGGACAGGUGUCAAUCCAUAUCUGCCAAGUGACCCUAUGUAGGAGGAACAGUCUCUAUUCUGCUCUGUGUCAGUGUGUAUCAUGAUCUCUGAGGACAGGUGUCAAUCCAUAUCUGCCAACUGACCCUAUGUAGGAGGAACAGUCUCUAUUCUGCUCUGUGUCAGUGUGUAUCAUGUUCUCUGAGGACAGGUGUCAAUCCAUAUCUGCCAAGUGACCCUAUGUAGGAGGAACAGUCUCUAUUCUGCUCUGUGUCAGUGUGUAUCAGGGUCUCUGAGGACAGGUGUCAAUCCAUAUGUCAAGGUUUCAAUAUGUCAUAUGUCAGGUGUCAAUCCAUAUUGAUUGUGAUUUAGGAAUGUUAGGUGAUUUCUGCCCUUUAUGGAUUAAAACCAGACUCUGUAUCAACUGUGUAAUUUUCCAUGGGAGUUUUGCCAUGGAUCCCCCUCCGGCAUGCCACAGUCCAGGUGUUAGUCCCCUUGAAACAACUUUUCCAUCACUAUUGUGGCCAGAAAGAGUCCCUGUGUGUUUUAAAAUUCGCCUGCCCAUUGAAGUCUAUGGCGGUUCGCCCGGUUCGCGAACAUUUGCGGACGUUCGCGUUCGCCGUUCGCGAACCGAAAAUUUCGGGUUCGCGACAUCACUAUCUCUCAAUUGGUGCAGCCUUUUGUCAGUUGAUGGUCAUGUCCGAUUUCUUUAAGGAAAUCACCAUUUUAGAUUCAUCGGACAGAACAUUAGAGGAAACUAGAAAAUGACUGAAUAAGAUCCAGGAGCUGUAGACUGGUCGCAAGCCAUUGAAAUGUCAUGUGAAUUUACGGGUUUGAGGUGAGCAUGCUAGGUUUGAAAUGUCCUGCCAAAAGGAGCUUACGAUCUAAAAGAUUUGCAGAAAAAUACAUUGAGGGGAAGUGAGGAGAUAAUCUUGAUAUACCUGAAAUGAUGUGGUGUUUGGGAGGAGGGAGCACGGUAUGUGGGCAACAGUGGAGGAAGGUUGUAAGGGAUGAGGAGUUAAAGGACCACUCCACACCCCAAAAGCACCCUCAAAGUAUCCUCAUUUAACCCCAGUUUAUAAAAGUGCUGAUUUCUAUGAGAAAUCAGCACUUUUAUAAAUCAAUUAGGGAACUCCCCCCUGGCUGUCAGUCAAACAGCCAGAGAGUAUUCCUUCCUACUUCCAUUAACUUUACAAAGUUUGGAACAAUUUGUGCAAAGGAUAAAUUAAACUUUUUGACAUCUCCAUGUAAGCGAGGUAACAUCUGUGAAAUUAAAGAAUGCUUGUGAAAAACUAAAAUAUUUAUAUCAAAUUGAAUGGUUUGCAAUAUUACAUUAAGACCUUAUUAACAUGGCUUUCUUAAAUAUGAAUGGGCUUGUGGGCAAAAUGUCUAUGAAAAAACUCACAAUUAUGGCAAUUAUUAUUUUUAAUCCUACAGUUUGCUUGUAACAAAUCUCAACAAAGUGGAGACAGGUAAGACACACGAAGUGAAUGUCAAAUUCGCUCAAGAAUGUAUUUUCAAGGUAAGUACUUUGUUUUUAACUAACAAAAAUAAGACCAAAUAUAACAGAAAUUGAAUGAAUACUAGAACAAUGUGCAUUUAGAAAGUUUUCAUUCAUAAUUUUUUAUUGAUAUUAAAAUAAAUUGGAUAUAGUAAAUUUCAGUGAACUAGUGGAAGUUGAAGAAGAUAAAGUCAGAAGAAUUGUGAAACGUUGUUGACAAUCCACUGGGUUCCAUCAUCCUGCCUCAAGCAGACUGUGCCAUCCGGAUCUGGUACUUUGAUAUCGCCUGUAAAGAUCAUGCCAAUUAUCUCGACAGCUUUAGAAAAUUCUCAUCCCAGCUGAAGGUGGGAAGACACCUCAUUCUGUUGGCCUUUUUUGAUGCGACCUAUUAUACAAUUGGUGAUCACAGGUUUUCUUUCCUAAACUAUAAUGAAGAUUUUGUGAAGGAAGCUCUCUGAGACAAUGGGUAUACCACUGUGAUUUUUGACGUAUAUGAAAGCAAACUAAACACUCACUUAAUAGAUCGUGCGCAUAUUGGAUAUAUUGUAGCUCGUAAGGAAAGGGAGAAUUAACCAAAUAAAUUCUUAAAGGAUUACUCCAAUCACCAUGACCACUUCUGCUUUUGGUGGUAGCAAUCUGUGCAGCCUUUUUGAUUUUGUGCCCCAGGCUAGUUGCACCUCAGGUACACAUGACUUAGGCAGCUGUUCUGGGCUCGCUGAUGUUAAUUCUGGGCAAAAUGUGCGUCCCUCAUCAGCACAAUCUGCGCACUAGUGACCGAUGUAAUCAGCGUCUUCUCUUGCAGGCAGCGGUGUGAGUAUCAGCUGACAAAGUAUCUCAUUGUAAAUCUCCCCAAUGUAACUUCCUUCUCUCACUCCUCAGUGACAGCACUCUUUCACACCAGUUUUCCUAACCUCCACCUCCUUCUUUUCUUGUCCCUACCCCUAUUCCACCCUUUUGCAAGGCCACAAUCCCUCUGUUCAAAACUGCUGUGCAUGCGCCAAUUUUGUCUGGAACAGAAGAGGAACAGAAGAGGAAACUGUCAUUACUGACAGCCUCCUGGGGGCGCAGCAGAGCAGCAGUGAGAUAGGACUAGUGUUUAAGUGUAUGGGGGAGGGGAGAGGUGCCGGGUAUUUGAGAUGUAAAAAUUAAGAAAAAAUUCCCCAAAUAAUCCUUUAUUGCCGUCACUAUAGAGUAGUGGUAGUUUGAGUGUAGGGCUUAUUUCUCGUUCCUAUAUAGAAUAAUAGAAUAAUUAAAUAAUUUUAAUUGUUUGUUUUCUAGCACUUUUUUUCUACAUAAUAUAUAAGACAGAGAUCUAAUGACAAUGAGAUACACUGAAUUCAUUAUAGACAAAUCAAAGCAAACCUUUACCAAAUACUAUUUUAUGGUUUUAUGAUGCAUCUCUCAUGUUAUACUGCUUAACAAUGGAUGAUGCAUUAUGUCAUUAACUGAUUAAGAGCAAAAUAAUAUAUUCUGUUCUUAUAUCAGAAGCUCAACAUGGGAUUAUAUGUGACAUUGAUUACCAAUGACAUACAGAAUGCCAGUCACUAAUGUCUGUGCUUGUAAAAGCAGAAAGCUUAGGUCUUCCAUGAGAUCUGUCUCUUUGUUCAGAGCACUUAUAACGCAGAGCAUGCUGGGAUAUAAUAUCAUUUAGAGAAUUUCAUAAAGUUGUAACAUGGUAAAAUGUGGAACGGGCCAAUUAAAGAAUAAAAGGUAUUCUGGACCAAUAAAUAUAUUAUAAUUCAUUUGUAGCAGGAUGACUGGAUUCCAAACAUACUGAAGAUUUUUUUUUUGUUUAAAAAUGAUAUAUAGCAUAAUACUGUAUAAACAUGUAUUACAAUCAAUAUCCACUUUCAAAUAGUAUCCAUGUUACAUCACAGCCAAAACUCCACACCUAUCACAUUUCCUCUUCUCUUCAGACUUAAAAAAAAACAAAAAACAUUUGCCCUCACGAUAAGUUAGAGCAAUUACAUAUGUUAGUUCCUUUAAUGGGGAUAAUUAAACUGUUGCAGGAUGCUUUCAGAUGUUGGGUAAAAUGGUUGCUGUGCCUUUUGAGUAACACUACUAGUGAUUUAUCUAUUGAAAGACAUCCUUUUCAAGAGUGAACCGUAAUUGCUCACCAUGAACCACCAUGGAUAGAAUCAUGUGUCUUAACCAGUUCUACCUUCAGGAGACAUGUUUAGUAAAGAUCUACGCUGGCAUAUUACAACUUUUACAUCCUUCGAUACAGCUUAGAAAGCUUUGAGAAAGAAGAAAAAGUAGUGUCCCCCUGCCUGAACUGAGACAUAUGUGUCAAAGACAAACAAAGGCUAACUCCCCAGAGGACAGUUAGGUGAAAGUAGACCACUUAGCACCAUCUUUCUUCAGAGAUCCAGGCCAUGGAGAGCCAGAGGUUCCAUGAGAGUAGUUGGUUCCAGAUACCAAAAUGGUAAGUGAUUUUCAAAAAAUGUUUGUUUGUUUGUUUUUUCACAAAAGUUGAUCAGAUCUUUAUUUCUCUUGUAUGGGCAAAACUAUGUCAGCCCAAUUGUUUUUAUAAAUUAUCCAGAGAUAUCAUAUAGAAUGAAUAGCAAGGCCAAUUGAACUCAAUUUUCCCAGGAAAAUGUUUUUUUUUUCCUCAGAGAGACAUUGUUAUUGGAUUUAAAAGACAGAGUUGUUAAACAAACGUGAAACCCAGAUAGUGCCCUGGAACACCUUGGACUUUACAAGCAAAAUGCUUUUAAUCCAGAACAACCGGCUAUACAAACUCUGAUUCAUCAAUCUUUCAGCCUUUAGUCACCUAAAAGCAUUUAAGGUGGACUACGUGCAUUGCCUCAAGGAUGUCUAAGUGGACUAGAUAAUUGAGAUAUAUUUAAAAGAUGCCUAUUUUAAUAUUCCAAACACAUACAGUAAUGAUAUUUAUCUGGAGGGGAAAGAAACAGCAUUUCAUGUGUCUCACCUUUGUCGCCUUUCUGUUUCACCAAAGCCAGUUGUCACAUUUUUGUAGAGCAGUUAGAUGCAUCAAAUUAUCUAUAUAGCUGAUGUUGUCAUUCUUUAAAAUAUAAAUAAAGGUCAAACACAACAAGACCAUACCUCUCACUCACAUAUUUAGCGGUACAAGUAUAUCUUCUUACCAUUAACUUUUUGCAGUGAUAAUAAAAUAGGAGUACUCCCUGCAGAAGAACUUUGAUAAGAAAAAAAACUGACCUAACCCACAAAGAAAUCAGAACAUUAAAGUAUUCUUAAAGAAAGAAUAGAUAUAAUCAUGAAGAAUGAUGAUAACGGAGAUGGUCUGGUGGUGAUGUCCACAGAAUAUUACCUUGAAGAAACAUAUAGGUUACUAGGAGAUCACUACAAAUAUGUAAGAUUCAAGAAUAAUCCGAAUAAUGAUUUAACAUAGCAUUAAAGUAUCUACAGAAUGAGGCUAAAAAGAAUGGAAUAAUAAUUGAUAAUGUCUACUCAUUUUGGUUUUUAGAAUCCCCUAAGGUACUGACUUUUUAUUUCUUAACUAAAAUCCACAAAUUAAAAGAGAAACCAUCUGGAAGGCUGAUAAUUACUGGCAUCAAUUCCCUUCCCUCUAAACUCUAAGAAUGUAUUGACUGUUUUUUCACAAAAGUAUGCACAGAGUACCAUGUCAUAUAUGAAGGAUGCUAAGCACAUUAUUCAAGAAUUUGAGUCAAUAGAAUGUAAGGAAAAUGUUAUAUUGGCUACAAUAGAUUUUACCUCUCUCUACGCUAUUAUCGAUCACAAAUUGGGGAUAGAGGCUGUAAGAACAGAUCAUGAAAGGAAAAAGAUAUAGACCCUCUUCUUAGUGAAUUUUUACUUAAAUCUAUUGAUUUUAUUCUUAAUCACAAUUUUUUAGUCUUAAUGAGGAGUUUUUUUUCUACAUAUAAGUUACAACAAUGUGCACCACAUAUUUUUAUGGUGCUAAUAUUUUUAUGGAAAACUGGGAAAGAUCCGAUAUAUAGAACAAUAAUCCAUAUGGUGUGGACAUAUGUUUUAAAUCAUUUUCUACAAUUUAUUAACUAUAAUUAUAUUUCAUUAAUUUUCUCCCCUAAGUAUUUCUAAGUAUAAAAUUGACAAAACCAAAUCAAGACAGAAACUUUUUAUGAAAUCAACAGAUACAAGCCUUUUUAUUGAUGUGAAAAGUCGACAUCAUUCUAAAUAGUUAGAAGUGGUUCCAAAAAGCCAGUUCAUUAGAAUAUGUAGAAAUUGUACUGAUAAAGAUCAGUUUUUUAAACAAGUGGCGGUUUUUAAAAAUUAGAUUCCUGGAUAAAAGAUAAUCACAACAUUUUUUCUUAGAUACAGAGAUUUUAAAAAUAAACAAAUUCCUGUUAGAUAAAAAUAAAGAAGCGCCAAUAAUCAGUUCUAAAUUUGAAUAUGCUUUUAAUACUCAAUUCAAAAGCAUUUGACAUUCAUCGUAUGCUUAAAAGCCAUUGGUCAUUAUUCUUGGAGCAUGAGUUUUUUAGACAUUAAACUUCAGUAUGUUGUAUUUCACAACGAAGGCUCCAAAAGAUCUGAUGUAAAUAAUGCCAACUUUAUUAAUGGAGUAAAUACACAGUGUUCCAAAUAAAUAAAUAAAUAAACAAAUAAGAAAGAGAUCAUACUAACGCGUUUCAUCCCUUCAUGGGUCUUUUUCAAAGUGCAUACAGUACUUGGUUUUACAGGCUCCCUUUUUAAAUCAAUUGGGAGUGAUUUUCAUGAGCUACUUCUUCUGGGUCUGUCCACUCUCCGACCACACAUCUCCAUCUUGUCGUUCGUUAUGCAGUAACUGACGCAUAACGCCAGUAUGUCAUUACGCUUCUUUUUUUGGAACCGGUGGGGGCACCAUCUUAUCUUAUCUGAUUUCUACAUAGAGUCCUUGUACAGUAAUAAUUCAAUAUUAUAAUUCACAUAACUGUGAAGUAUUUAAAUGGUAUAAAUCUUCAUUCUAAAAUAAAAAUCUACUGGUAUAAGUCUAUUUUCCUAAUUAUAAAACCUUUAUAUAAAGCAAUAGUAGCAGGUAAAUGCCUUAUAUAAAAUUAUAUAUUUUAAAACAAUGAAAAAGGUGGGGGAGUAUUUCAGACAAGGGUACUGUUAUGGACAAAUGCAAAUAUUACAAGUUUUAGAAUGAAAUGUUGUAUUUCUUAAACUGUGUACUUUGUCUUUAAGAGAUAUUGCAAACUGACAAGGUGUUAGAAAUGAAACAAAUUUUUCAUAACUGUUUCUUUAAGCAAUAACCUCUUACUUACCUUCAGUGCAUAAUAUGUUUGCGUCAUUUUGUCCCAGAUGAAUUACAAUAACAAUAAUGCAUAAACAACCUUCAAGGCUAUGCUACGACUCUUUCAGUACACAAUAUACUGUGGUAACCUUAAGUAGAUAAAGAUGUUCAGACUUUAAGAUGCCAUCUUGAACUAAGUCAGGAAAAUUUCCAUGACGUAUACACGCAUAUUAGUUAUGGCCUUGUAUAUUUGCCAAGUUAAGGGAGGUCCUAAAAUGAAUAAAGUAAAAAGUGUUACUUUUUCAUAUAUGAACUACGGUGACCCUAAAAUGGAGACACCUAAGGUAUAAAUAGGUGUACUUUUAAAUGUUAAGACACAGUGGAGAGACUUGGAGACAGACGCUGCUCCAUCUUAAAAUGACAGAGAGGCUGACAUGAUGACAUGUUCAGGAGGGAAUGUUAACCUAUUAAUGAGAUUUGCAAGCAUUUAGUUUAAUCUUAUAAACUCUGCUAUAAAUUAUUGUAAUGGAUUUUAUAUGUCUAUAUUUAUAUUUUUAUAUAAUAAAUAUCUAAAAGACAAAACUUUAUUGCUUCCAAGACAAUCCUUAUUUUAUAUUGUAUUCUCAAUUAUUUAUAUAUGUUAAAUAGAGGAUCUCUUACUAACUAUAUAAAAUGAUGGCUAAGAUAUCUGUGUGGUUAGCCCUACCAAGUUCUAUGCUUUAAGACGUUCUAGUGGUAAAUAAGAGAACCAGCCGCGGUUACAGUAUUAUCUAAAAUUGCAUUUAAAAAUACAAUUGAAAAAUAAAUUGUAAAAUAUAAAAAUACUUAUAAAGAAUCCUAGAAAAUAAAUGAAGUUACAUCUCUAAGUCAACAUUAAGACCAUUUGGGGUCACAGUGUUAGCCUUACUGUCCCCUUAUCUCUUUUUUUGCCCAGUAUGGUUGUUUGCCAUAUCAAUGCCUCUCCAAUGGUCUCUUACUUCUAUUCCAAUAAAUAUUAAUUCAAUAGGCUCACUGCCAUGUUUAUCGUAACAAGGUUUAGAAACACUAUAAUUUAAAAAUGGUGAUUAUAUAUUACCAAUAUGUUCUCUAAUUUUCAUUUUGCAGAGUAUAUUUAUUGGCGUGUUGGAGUGACACCAAAGUAAGUGUAUUUAUUGCAGUAUACUAGCGCUCUCCAGCUCUGCAUGCUUUUGGUUUGUUUUUUUUACUACUAAAAGGUUGUCAACCUCUGUUCUAUACCAUUAUUCAUACAUAUAUUUGUCUUGAGUUACUUGAGCCAUAUGUCUAUUUUGUGAAGGUUAUUAGGCGCAAGGGACAAUUUAAUCUGCUCAGUGAGCACAGUGCAAAUGUCAGUGCAAAUGACGUAGACGUGUGGUACUAUUGCUGAUCCUUUUUCAUGCUUUACAUCACAGUGACGUUUUAUACUACAUGGUGUUGAGAGUUCGCCUGUUGCUUGUAUUCUGAAUUUUGUUAUUCAUGAAUUACUUUCAGAGGGAAUUGCACAGUUUAUGUGUUUUGUGCUAUUAAACUGUUCAAGCUGUUGCCUUGGCCUUCAGAUUCCCCAGAUCUCUAUUUGAUUCGAGCAUCUGUGAGAUGUGCGGGAGCAUCAAAUCUGAUCCACCUCGCAACUUGCAGGACUUUAAGGAUCUGAUGCUAAUGUUUUGGUGCCAGAUACCACAGGAGGAAUUCAGAGGUCUUGUGGAGUCCAUGCCUCGAUGCAUUAGAGCUAUAUUGGCAGCACAAGGAGGACAUACACAAUAUUAGGCAGGUGUUUUUAAUGUUGUGGCUGAUCAGUGUACUUUGUAUCUGUAACUUAUAGAUGUGUAUCUGUUUGUGCCAAUGCUUUUGUGUUUCUGUGCUUGGCAAUGUGCAUCUGUAUUUCAAUGUAUGUCUACAUGCGAAUACAUGCCUACGUGCAAACACCAACAAUAUACACAAACACACUCCUGCAUUCAAAAAGCAACAUUGCACACAAAACACGUUUAAAUGACAAACACAUUACUGCAUUCAAACACUAAUUCUUCGCACAAAUAAGCCAAAGUGGGAUUGUAUCUGUCACUGUAAGAGAUGGAAGAUAUGAAGAUACAAUUAAACCACAAAGUGAUCCAGUUCUCAGUUCAGUUUCUGUUAUUUAUUGAUAUGUCCUCAUAUUUCUCCCUCUAUUGGUUACAUUUUCUCACUUGAUCUGUGAAUACAAAGGUGGGUAAAUGCCCCUAUUAAUUAAUAUUGUGUAUAUGUUUUGCAGCAAACUGUUCGGCCCAUGUUCACACCCUUUGUUUGACUCAUUUCCCCAGUACAAUUUAAGUGAUUAAUUUCUACUUCACCAAAACCUCCUUACCGUAUGUUUCUACAUUAAGCAUUUUUUUUACUGUUAUACAACAUGGAUUGGAUAUUUAGAUAUUUAGGCAUCGGCACACAUGGUUUCCCUUUUAAAUAAUUAAAAUAAAAGGUAAUUUAAGGUAUACAAUAAUUAUAAUUCACUUAGGUCAUUUAACCAUAAUUAAUGUGUAUUAUUUAAUAUUUCCAAGAGUUCUAGGAGAUUUGGUUUCAGUGUCGGUGUGGAUACUUUGUUUCUUCAAGCUGUUAGACUACCAUCAGUCGUACAAUGGCUUUUCAAUGUAACUUCUCAAUAAUGUUUCAUGGUACAAAAAUGCAACUUUUUAACUUUCAAAAACUAGCAGAAAUUGCCAGGUAGAUACUGAUAGAACCUUAAAUCCACAUGCAAAACCUAUGUUAUAAAGAAAAAGGCAUAUUAUAGUAAUUUUAGCCACAUGAAUUUAUGUUAAUAGUACACCAGGUCACUGGAAGGCGUGUACUUAUAUAUUCUUGAUGGACACUGAUGAGUAUAUAAACAGCAAUUUCCAGAGCUGGAUACCACAGACAACCCUGAGACAGAAGAGGAACGAGGUUAAAGUCAGGUAAGGAACAUUAAUACAAUGCACUCACACUCUUACGGAAUGCUCAGGUUUAACAGUGAUAAGUGAUCACCAGCUUGCUGCCACUCACCCCAUGUGUUUCCCAUUAAGGGUUAACAAGUAUGUAGGGGUUUAGGAAAAUACCUAUUUCUGUCUCAUUAGAAAUGUUACCUUUUGGCUGAAGAUAGCAAGGUGAAUUAUUAGCGUAGGACUUACCUACAGAGGUUUGCCUUGACGUGGCAGUUGAGCUUACACUUUAAUGGCCAUUGGAGUGAUAUUAAAACCUCCAGUUAUUUAAAUAUGCAUAGGGAUUUGGGAUAGUGCACAAGUACCCUUUUUUAUUUGGUUUUAUUGUAUGUAUUGGGGCUAUUAUGCCGCCCAGGAGCCGUGGAAGUUUAAGUGUGGGUCUUAAAUGUAUUAAGUUGUAAUACAGUCCUUAUGUUGUAAUACAAUAAAUCAUCACACGUCAGGGAAUCAUAGAACAGGAGCAUGGUAUAUUUAUCGAAAAAUAAUGGAGCUACAGCUGGGCUUUAUUCAAUAAAUACUGAACUGAUGGAAUGAAACAAUUACAAAAACAAGGUUACAAAAGUGAAUGAAAACUGCUACAGUGGAACUAGAAACAUAUUGCAUGAAAAUAUCAGUAUUUUUGAAAAAACACGUUACAUAUUAUUUGAGUAUCAAUAGCCAUUUAUUUUCUUUUUCUGUGCUAGUAAUUUGAUUAAAGGAUAUAAAAACUUGAGAUGGAAGGAAUAGACCAUAAACAUUAUCACGAUGAAGAGUUUGAUCAUCAUUUGAUUAUACAAACGUACGUUGGUCAUGAUGAGACAGACUCCAAAGAGGAACUGAUGAAAAUCCCACUGCAAAAAAUAUUUCAGUUAUUGUCCUCAGGUAUGGUCAUGUUUAAUUCCUUUUAUUACCCUAUAUUUGUCAGUUUCACCUGUAUUAAAGAGCACUGUCAGUUGUGGGGUCUUUAAAUUUCCAUAAAGACUUCUCAUUGUGGCAUUUUAGCUUGCAUGGUUGUACCUGUAGGAGAGCUGGAAUGGAGAUAUACCUAUCUAAAGACCUCAGCCUGCUCUGAUACCCUUUGGUCAUCAGUUCUUACCUGAUAAUGCCACUAGAGGGCUCUCUUAGUUUUUGUAUUCCUGCACGUGUGUGUAUAUAAAACUGAGGUUUAAGGAGAUACUGCAAGGCUGCUGGAUCCUGUACGGAUAAUUAAACACAGUGAACUGAAAUAUGCAUUUGAUGUGUAUCAUGUGAGAAGUUACUUUUUCCCAUUGUGUUCCUUCAGGUACCGUGAAAGGAGAAACUCUGAUAGAUCUCACCGUGGCUCCAGCCUUCAGUCAUUUAAUGGUCGCAGCUGAUUUCUUUAAGGAGAUCUUCAUAUUGGACUCAUCAGACAGUACGCUAAAUGAAACAGAAAAAUGGCUGAAUAAGGAGCCAGGAGCUGUAGACUGGUCUCAUGCGGCUCACAUUUCAUGUGGUCUUAAGGGUAUCAGGUAAGUCUGCUGGAUUAGAUUAAUUUUACUUUUGUGUAUUUUAAAGGGACAUUAUGGUCACCAAAACCAUUUCAUCCUCAAUGGGUGCCCUAUCAUUUUAACCAUGCAAUGUAAAACAUUGCAGCUUUGUAGAAACUGGCAUGGCUGCAUUGCAGAGUUAUAUCCAACUCAAGUGGCCUUCACAUUACACAGAAACCCAUCGAAAAACAUUGAAUUCAGUACUUUCCUACGGGGAAGCUUGAUUGUAUGCGCAGUGCUCGCCGUUUAUGUAGAUUAGGUCCCCAAUGCUCUUCUGUGAGGAGCAUUAAAUUGGACCACCACAAAGGAAGCCAUGAUGCCAUGGUAGGUGGAGAAGUGAGCAGUGCAGAGGGAAAAAGGUAAGUACAAUACAUGGGGGUUGGAGGCAUUAAUACAACUUAGGACAGGGAUAGGAUUGGAUUUGUAAUGCUAUAGUUGUCCUUUAAGUACAAUUUUACCUGUUCACAAACCUAACAAAAAAGAAAAUUAGUUGGUGGCAAUGUUUUCAAACAGGGCUUUACCCAUGAAUACAAGAACAAUUUAAAUAUAUUUAACAUAAAAAUAUUCAUAAUAACAGCUGUUUUUAUAGACUAUUGCAUUGCCCAGGCAACCUUCAGCACUCCAGAUAUUGUGGGCUUCAUCUUACAUAAAGCUCCUACAGCCGUAAUGCUGGCAAAGCGUCAAGGGAGAUGUAGUCCACAACAUCUGGAGUGCCGUAGGUUGCCUACUAGAAUUGAGCGGACACCUGGAUGUUUGGGUCCGGCGGGUUCAGGUGAACUUUGAAAAAAAAUCCGGGUUCAGGAUCGAAAUUGACCCUGAACUUGACCCCGAACCCCAUUGAAGUCAAUAGGGACCGGAACUUUUGGGCACAAAAAUUGCUCUAAAAAACUCCUGGAAAGGGCUAGAGGGCUGCAAAAGGAAGUAAAAUGGGGGUAAGAGUAGGACAAGUGCCCUGCAAACAAAUGUGGAUAGGGAAAUCACUUAAAAAUAACAUAAAAUAAGCAGCCGCUUAGUAGAUAACUCCCUAAUUCACAUGGUAUUCGGGAGCGAUCUACCAAAAGGUUGAAAGACCUAAAUUGGUCUUUCAGCCACAUUUACUAAUACUAAUUAAAGAUUACUUAGUAUUAGUCAAUUCAGCCCCUACUCGCUAUACCGCGAGUAGGGGCGUGUCUAGUAAACAUUGAGCAGCCAGUGGCUGCUCAUUGUAAAAAAAACAACAAAAAACCUAUUGCCCCCACCCCUGUGUGACGCAAUCACAGUUCGGGUUUGCUCAACUCUAUUGCCUACCCAUCAUCUAGAUAAAAAAUAUUAUUAUUUUAUGUUACAUGCUGCCAGAUCCCCAUCUUAUUGCAGGACUACAACCCCUUUGAUACAUUGCUAGUCCUUAAUGAAUACUCCACUAAAAAAUUUAAAAAAAAAGAAAUGUUUUCUUUGAGGGUAUAUCACAUUUGUGUUUGCAAUAGUUGCAGAUCUAGUAUCUGCAGCUACUGCAAGACCCUCCCAUUCUCCCAGCUCCAUCCCAAGCUGUUCUAUGACUGUUCAAUUACAGACUUCUCAAUGUGUUGUAGCAGAACUCAUUGACAUAUCUUAGCAAGACAGGUAGGCUGGUUUCUCUGGAGUUUUGUACCUCCGAGCUAAACCACCUUAAAGUAAGAUAACUUGCUCUGACAGCCCUGGGGGUAUAACAAGGUUUGUUUAUAUUGAAAUGAGAACUUAUGUAAAAUAAGAAAAAAUAGGUCAUAUCCUUCAUACAUAAAGCACAUGAGUAAGCAUAGGUGCAUUAUGUGUUUGUAGUGUGUCUUUAAUGUGUUCAAGGUUAUUCACUAAGGUGGGAAUUGUCAUCAUUUCAAAAAUAAAUUUAAAGGGAAUUUCCAUUUUUAAGGUAAAAGGUAAUACUGAAAAAUAGACUAAAGUUUAGAAUACACACUGGAUUCACUUUGAAUUCCCAACAAGCCAAAAAACUCAUUUUUACCUAUUUGGAUUACUUCCAGUUUUUAAUUCUACAGUUUUUAUAGGGUUUUUGUCAUGUUUUUAUUUAUGUUUUUAUAUUUUUAGUAUCACUUCAGAGUUUUGUUUACGAUGCAUUAUCAAUCAAUUGUUCAAAUAAUGUUACAUGUUGUAUUGUCUGGUCACUUGUUCAUUAUCCCACGUUGCUGGGCAUAGCAGGGGUAGCAUAGUCCUUUCGUUUAUUUUAUAAGCUGAAAAACUAGUGAUGGAAAAUGAGACUUGCAUGAAUGUAGUCUUGCAAAGGACAAACAAAAUAUUUGAACUUGUACUUACCUCUUACAGUUCCCAAGAGGAGCAGCACACGUGCAGUUUCCCAAGGUAAAUUUGUAAGCAUGAGCUUGUUUUCAUUCAAAAAAUAAGAAAUAACCUAAUUUAUAAAAAGUAUUAAACAACAACUGGAUGAAUUCCUUUACGGAACACGUUUACAGUUUUUAUGAUAUUAUAACUAUUGAAUUUCAGUGAACUCCUGGAUGCUGAGGAAGAGAAAGUCAGAAGAACUGUUAAACAUUUCUUAAAAUGGGAUCCAACCAAUGACAAUCCAUUGGGUUCCGUCGUCCUGCCUCAAGCAGACUGUGCAAUCAGUGCCUGGUACUUUGAAGCCAGCUGUAAAGAUCAUGAGAGUUAUCGCAACAGCUUUAGAAAAUUCUCAUCCCUUGUGAAGGUGGGAGGUCACCUCAUUCUGUUUGCUCUUUUCAAUGGGACCUAUUAUACAAUUGGUGAUCACAGGUUUUCCAUGUUAAACUACAAUGAAGAUGUUGUGAAGGAAGUUCUUCAAGAAAAUGGGUAUACCACUGUGAUUUCUGAAGUAUAUGAAAGCAAAUUAAACACUCACUUAGUGGAUUAUGGCAAGAUUGGGUACAUUGUAGCUCGUAAGGAAAGAGAGAUUUAA